GUUCAGUUGAUAGAUUACGGAAAAACGGACAGUGACCCGUUGGAGCAUGUGCAUCAGACGUUGCAGACUCUCGUACAGAACGCGCUCUCGGACGGGCUGGUCCCGAUUUGUUUGGGUGGUGGGAAUGACCAGAGUGCUGCAAACGGGAUGGGAUGGAUCAACUAUUGGAGAACACGCAAUGCACCGGACGGCGGGAAGAGAAAAUUGGUGACCAUCAAUGUGGAUGCACAUUUGGACGUGCGUCCACUGAUUUACAAUCCGGGUGAGCCUCAUUCAUACGGUCUCGCCCAUUCGGGUUCUCCUUUCCUACAAUUGGUCGAGGCGACGAGUGGAGUUGAGGAUUUCAAACUAAUCGAGUUCGCUUCUCAAGGUCAACAGUGUGCUGCUGCUCACGUGGACUAUGUUAUACAACACGGUGGGCAGAUUGUUUGGCUGUCCGAAUUAGGUGAACCGCAUCAGUCGCGAUGUAUAAGGAACAACUCCUCCGGUGCUGUUAAACGCCUUCGUCAAAUCUUGGAACAAUGCAUCGAAACUGACAGCCGGGUAUUUUUCUCAUUCGAUAUGGAUGCAAUUUGUGCCUCCGAUUGUCCCGGAGUUAGUUGCCCCAGCCCGAUCGGUCUUACCGCCUCGGAGGCAUUGGGUUUGUGCUACGAAGCCGGUAAAUGUCCCAUGGUUGAUUUGAUGGAUCUGUCUGAAUUCAAUCCCCGUAUUGAAUCGUCUCAAACUGGUCGUUUACUGAUCAAUAUGAUUUAUCAUUUUUUGCUUGGCUACGCCGAACGCCCAUAA